AUGCGGUGGCUCCUUUUCCCCACCAUCUUCAUCUUCCCUUGUACACAACAGUUCUCCCACAGCCCACUAAAGAAGCCUGGAGAAAAACCUUCAGGGACCAGUGAAGUCCACCAGCGCAAGGAGGUUUGUCACUGGCCAUGCAGAUGCCCACCGGUGCCAACCUGCACCCCUGGGAUCAGCUUGGUGAAGGAUGGUUGUGGCUGCUGCAAGGUCUGUGCCAAGCAGGCAGGAGAGACCUGCAAUGAAGCUGACAUCUGUGAUCCCCACAAAGGGCUCUACUGCAACUACUCAGAAGAUGAGCCUAGGUAUGAAACAGGCGUGUGUGCAUAUCUGGUAGCCGUAGGCUGUGAGCUCAGUGGAGUUUAUUAUCUUAACGGGCAGACCUUCCAACCUAACCCCCUCUAUAAGUGCCUGUGUAUCAGUGGUGCAAUUGGAUGCACACCUGUGUUCACACCAAGAUUAGCAGCGAGUCCCUGCGUCAGGCUCCCGGGCAGAAAGAAGCCUGGACAAUCCAUCUGUGGCCCAGGACAGCAGAAGCAGCUUCAAUCAACAAACUACAGACUGAUGCCAGCUUACAGAAGCUUACCUCUAGUUUUGAAGCAAAAGUGCCUAGUACAGGCAACUCCCUGGACACCCUGUUCCAGGACCUGUGGCAUUGGCAUAUCCAGCAGAGUGACCAACGAAAACAGAAAAUGUGAAAUGAAAAAGGAAAAGAGAUUGUGCUUCAUCCAGCCCUGUCUGACCAAUGUACUGAAGGCAAUAAAGAUUCCAAAAGGAAAAACAUGUCAACCAACAUUCCAGCUUCCUACAGCAGAGAAACUACUUUUUUCUGGAUGCUCAACUACUCAAAGCUACAAACUAACUUUCUGUGGGGUGUGCUCAGACAAGAGGUGCUGCAUACCUAACAAGUCCAAAAUGAUCACUGUACAGUUUGAGUGUCCCAAUGAGGGCUCCUUUAAGUGGAAACUGAUGUGGAUAACAUCAUGUGUAUGUCAAAGGAUUUGCAGUGCUCCUGGAGAUAUAUUUUCUGAACUCAAAGUUUUAUAA